UUGUGCGAUGUCUCUUUCAUGUCGUGUUUGUUGUUCAUCUAGCUUUUCACUGGUCGCUUACAAAUCAGAAGUAUGCUGUAGUUCCGGCAGCGCCGUGUUUGCGUCCGCGAAGGGGCCUUAACCUCUACCGUCGACGCUUAAUCAACCUACAAAAUCUCCUAUCUCUUUCUUUCCUCGGUAGAGUUGUAAUCAGUCUCGCCUAAUCUCCGUUCCGGAACGAUCUUGCACGUCGCUGUUGUCGGCGGUCCGUCGCUGGGACGGGAUUUGCGCCUAGAAGUCGGUGGAGAGGUUUGCGUGCUCGGUGGUAACAGCUGAUCGCCCAGCGUGAAACGAAGUUUCAAUUCCAGGACUCCGUGCGAGCAUCCGUCCGCGCAGCUAACAGCUGUUGCGACAGCCGUACUUCGGGUUGGUGUUCUGUGGCACCUUGACGCCUUGACAUUGUUUUUCUCACUACGCCGUGCAGCGUAUGAACGGUGCGACGUUCAUAGUCGCCGCUCUGACAGCGGUGAUACCUCCUGCGUCUGGACCAUCUGGACUGCUGCAUCAUCGGCCUGACCGGCGCUGAUUGGUGGGUGUGCCUCGAUCGGUCAGGUGCGUUUGACAAGGCUCCUUACGGCGCGGCGAUGUCUCUGUGGAACAGUCCCGGCGGAGGCCGCACCGCCCAGAAUUACGGGAGCACGCAGCAAGGAUUUGGCGGCAUGGAAAGCCCGUCACGAGUGUCAUCCGACACGCCACAACGCUACCACCAGCUGUGUGACAACAUCAGCUCCUCAAUAUUUUCCAUCAACAAUGACACCGCGACUCUUGAACGGGCAUCGAGGCAGCUUGGUACGCAGGCAGACACCGACGCCUUCAGGGAGAAGCUUCACAUGACACAGCAGAAUGCGAACCUGACCAUCAAGAGCACCACGACUGCACUGCAAGACCUGGCAACGCUUGUGGCCCAGGGAGACAAGCAACAAAAACUGCAGUCAAGCCGGCUUCGCAAUGAAUUCCAGGAAGUUGUCAAGCGUUACAGCAAUCUACAGAAGACCGUGGCUACCCGACAGAAGUAUACGAUGUACGCGCGACCGAGUGCUGCAGCUAAGCCCUCUGGUGGCGGAGGCACACAGACUGGUGGCUGGUUCGACAGCCAGCCACCGACUUCAGACGAAACGGCAGCCUUGCUGGAUGAUCCAGGCAGUCCCCAGUCACCGACACAGCAGCAGCAGCAGCAACAACACUUGAGGCAUGACAUGGACUAUGAACAGGCACUGCUGGUGGAGCGGGAGCAGCGCAUUCGGCGGAUCGAAUCGGACAUGCUGGACUGCAACCAGAUCUUCAAGGACUUGGCCAACAUAGUACAUGAACAAGGGGAUGUCAUUGACACCAUCGAGGGCAACAUUGAGAACACCCAGCAUAACACUGCACAAGCCGUGGAACAACUGCGUAGUGCAGCCAACUAUCAGAGGAAGUACAGACGAAAGACAUGCUGCCUGCUUGUUCUGGUGGUUGUAGGGGCUGCUGUGCUGGCCUUGGUCAUCUAUUUUUCUAUCAAGUAGUCCCACCAACUGAGGCUGGCGUUCGCUAGUCCUCGCACCGUUCGUCGUGGCGAGGCCGUUUUUCAAGUGUUACUUCGGUAAUCGGAGCGAAUCGUACCCUCCAGAUGCCUUCUUGGUGCAGACCACGAGGUCUGUUUCCACGAGGUGUUAAGUUUCACCUGUGGUGUCCGUUGUUCAAGGAAGAUGAAAGCUUAACAAACUUCAGCUGGGUGGCCCGCCUACCCGCCUCAAGCAUUUGCGAGCAUCUCGGGUUGUCUUAACCAGUGGUAAUCCAGUUAGGUGAUGUAGCAGCUUUUGUUUUUCGUUGACGGCAAGAAACCCAAAGAUCAUAGCCAACAAAAAGUUCCUUACCGGAUUGUUCACUUCACAGAAUGCUGCUACCAUUAACAGUGUUUAGCUCACAAAGCUUUUGAAUCACACCGAAUGUCUUUGCACAGUUUGUGGAUGAGCUACUUCCAAUGUUGGGCUGUAAUGAACUAAGAUUCAUGCUGCCAGCACUUCUAACUUUUUGAGACCUCAAGCAAAGAAAAGUUGUUCGCAGGAAUUGUAGCAUGUGCCGGCUUGAUGAAGAAAACACACAUGUGGUGGCUAAGCUUUAGUGAUGCCUAUGAAAACAGGUUCACCCAGCACUGCGUUGCUAUAGAUAUUACGCCUGCCUGCCACGUCAGUGCAGUUUUGAGCCUCUGACGCAUUGGUCGUUUGUGUGCCUAAGUUCUUCGUCGUGGAUAGCCGUCUUGCUCCAUACUGGUUCACAUUUCGUGGGACCAACGUUUUGUUAUGCAUCUCGGCAACACUUGUCCACAUGAGUUUCUCCCUGAAAAGAUCUUCGCAUUUUUCCACUGAUGUGUCACCGAGACUUCUGACCAAACCAGAAGCUGGGUCUGUUCAAUAAGCCAAUAUUAUUUUUAUAGGCUUGUUUUGCUUGGACUUGAGUGGCCAUUACUUGUCAGUGGCCGCACUGUUUCCCAAGUGAUGCUUAAUGGGAGAAUACGUGGUACGCUGGACAUAAAAUGAUUGUGCCAUAUUAAACAAAACGUGCAAGCUGAAGACUGGUCGUCAUUACUCUGGAGCCAUUAGCACAAUGUGACUGGCUUAUUUGGUGUGACAAAAGCUGGCCAAAAACAGAAGUAAAAGCUGGUGGCAUGCUGGUCUCUCGUUAUUGGCUUUUGCUGUGCAUGGUAGUUGCAGGUAAAGCAGGUGGACCAAAGGGAACAUGAAGAAAGGCUUAGUGAAAGAAGGAAAAUAACACAAACGUAGUGUUUAUGUUGUCUUGAUCUCUCUCUUGUGUCCGUGUCUGUAGGCCUGCCUUCUUUUAUCAGAAAUAUCCGUACCAACUAGCUCAACCUCAUGUUUUAAGAAAGCAGACACCAAAAAACAACUGUUACAUUCUUUUUAUUGUAAAAAGGCAGAAUUUGUAUAAUUGGUAACUAUAUGAGUGAACAAAAAGCUGCAGCAUUAAAACUGUAUAAUGGAAAAAAAAAGCGUAUGAAACAUUACCAGUAAUUUAGAAACACAACACUUAUUGUGCAAAGCUCUAAAAGGUAGACUGAAGCACACUUAAUUACAUUUGUAGGCGUUUCUGUACUUACCAUAAUUUGCAGAGUUAAAAAACUGCAGUAAUUAUGGGUAUUGUGCAUGAAUUAUGGGGUAAUACACAUGAUAGCAUGGAAGAAGCUCUGUUUCAUCACAGCCGCGAUAAGAAGCAACACAAUCAUCACUGAAUGAAUUUGGCUGUGUGCCAUCUAUGUUGACUCGUUAGCCAGUGCAUCUAUAUACUUACGUAGGUCUGUUAAAUUAUUUUUACAUAUGCAAAGCAGUAUGGACGCAGCACUGAAUGCUGUUGAAAAAAAAAAUGUAAAGCUAUGGCCUUUCUGCUGUUUUACUACUGACUGCAGUGUGUGGUGCAAAGAUUAAAAAAAAAAAAGGCUCUCUUCUGACUAGAUUCACUAACUGUUGCGAGUAAAAAAUAACCACUGCUUGGCGUAGGAGGUUUCGCUGUGUAAACUUGUAUUUGUAAUGGUGAACGGAACCUCAUUUGACGUGUGGAUCUUGUCUGUUGCCCCCUCCAAGAAGCCUAUCAAGUGUUUGCUGCAGCUGAGUAUUGCCUCUUAUGUGUUUGUCUUUUCUUUUCUCUCAUUGAACCCAAGCCUUUGUUACACACCCCUCACAAUAGUUUCACAAAGGCUGACAUGAGAGUUACCAUCCUUCUUUCUUUUUAAUUACAUAUAUUACUGGAGCAUAUUGUUUGAUAUAGGUUGUGUGCUGUAUAAUAAAGAGACUUGUUAUUUUA